CACGUAGUAAGCGUCACGACGCUGCGGUCGAUGCGUAAAGUUCCCGUCGUUGGUGUUUUUGUGAAGAAGGAGAAAAAUAGGAUGGCUGGCUGUGGUGAACUCAACCAUACAGUAAACAUGCUUCCUGCUAAUCGGAAGGUAAAUGAAGCCUGUUCAAGCUCAACGCCUGCCCUGACAGUCCCAGAAUGUGCCAUAUGCUUACAAACAUGUGUUCACCCUGUCAGACUGCCUUGUAGACACAUCUUCUGCUAUCUUUGCGUGAAAGGAGCUUCGUGGCAAAGCAAACGGUGUGCCCUGUGUCGACAAGAAAUCCCAGAAGACUUUCUUGACAAGCCCACACUGCUGUCCCCUGAGGAACUGAAAGCCGCAGGCAGAGGCAAUGGAGAGAACGCAUGGUACUACGAAGGCAGGAAUGGCUGGUGGCAGUAUGAUGAACGCACUAGUAGAGAGCUGGAAGAUGCUUUUACAAAGGGUAAAAAGACUACAGAAAUGCUCAUUGCAGGAUUUCUAUAUGUGGCAGACCUGGAGAACAUGGUUCAGUAUAGAAGGAACGAGCAUGGUCGGCGAAGGAAAAUUAAACGAGACAUUGUAGAUAUUCCCAAGAAAGGAGUAGCUGGACUUCGGUUGGAUACCGACUCCAACCCUGUAACAGUGGCUCGUGAAAAUUCAGCAGAUGGAGCUGAUACCACAGCGGUACAGGGGGCUACAGCUACAUCGACUCUGGUUGCCACUUCUGCAAGACCACCAACCACUCUAGGUGGCCAGCCGACAAGUCCUUCACCUUCCCCUGAUGCCAGUAGCAGCUUGGAAAACUCUUUUGUCCAAUUACAGAUCGGUAAUCAAAGUGUGACCGACAGAGGGGAGGGAGAGGAGGUAGAUGAUGAUGUAGCUGUGUCUCGUGGAUCUUCUGCUCCAAACACAUCUGUUGAUGAGUCAGAGUCUGAAACUAGCAGUGAGGUAGAAGAGGAGGAGGUAGAUGUAGAUGAAGUGAGUGAUAGUCAUGCUUUGCAUACUAGACAAGGUGUGCUCCAUCAUGAUAGACCUAGAGAGAGCCAUGCCGAUAGACCAUCUCCUAGAGGUGAGCCUGGCAGCAGUAGUGUAAGAUCUAGGAGGCCUGAUGGACAGUGCACUGUAACUGAAGUUUAACUGUAACUGUUUCAAAAAAACUUACUGGAACAGUUGCUGAGAUUCUCGGCCAAUAUUGCACUCGGGAACUAGAACGCUUCUAUAACCUUUUUAUUUUGUUUUUGAAAUCUGAAGGGCACUCCCUUAAGGAAUUCAAUAA